ACAUGCCACAGCAAACAUCUCAAGCUUAGAGCAAAUCAUCUUAGAUCUUACAUCCAUUCUCCCUCAUCUUCAAUGACAAUAAAAGUACAUGGCAGCGUCUUCUCGACUGCAACGUUGAGAGUUCGUGUUUGCCUGAAUGAGAAAUCUCUUGACUACGAGUUUAUCCCCGUUGACCUUCGCUCCGGCCACCACAAGCAGGAUUCUUUUCUUUCGCUCAAUCCCUUCGGUCAAAUCCCGGCCUUUCAAGAUGGAGACCUCGAUCUCUUCGAAUCGAGGGCCAUCACUCGAUACAUCGCGCAUUCAUACGCUGGAGAAGGCAUUCCACUAGUAUCCUCAGAUGCUAAGAAGGCGGCGGUGGAGGACGUUUGGGCAGAGGUGGAGGCUCAGAGGUACGAGCCUCCAGCGGCAAAGCUGACGUGGGAGCUGGGAAUCAAGCCAAUGUUGGGAAUGGCAACAGAUGAUGAUGUUGUCAAGGCCCAAGAGGCCGAGCUGGCUAAGGUUCUAGAUGUGUACGAGGCCCGCCUCGCCCACUCCAAAUACUUGGGCGGCGACGCCUUCUCUCUAGCAGACCUCCACCACCUCCCCACCUUGAAAUAUCUCAUGGCCUCGCCGGUUAAGGCCGUUUUCGAGGCCCGCCCUCACGUGGCUGCUUGGGUGGCGGAUAUCAUGGCUAGGCCAUCCUGGCAGAAGCUUCUAGCUGAGUUCUGAGCUUUGGCUACUGUUUUAUAGCUUUCCAUUGUUUCAUGAUUUUAUAUGUUAUGGACUCUUUCAACUAAAUAUUUCCUACACUAUCUGUUCGAACAUCAAAAUGUUACUACUUGUUUCA